GCGGUUUCGCGGUGAUCGCUUCGCCUCUCCCGUGCAUCGAGCUCCCCGAGAGAAGGCGGCCGUGCUUCGGUCCCCUUCCCGACGGUCGCGCAGAGGACCGAUCAACGCCAAGGUGCAGCUGAAUAACCUGGUCUCGAAGACUUUGCGAAGGCCUCUCCUCGCAGGAGAUGUUGUCUACGAAACUCAAGAGAUUGAGUCGGGCUUUCGAGCGACCGUUCGAGUACAUGGUUUGGAGGAGGAUGGUGCGCCGCUGGAGUUUUCAGGCGUUGCCAACCUCGAGAAUGCAGCGGAGCUUGCAGCCGCACAGGCCGCUGUGACGGCUCUGCCACCGCCGCCAGACAUAGAGCCGCGAUAUCCAAAGCCAAAGGAUGCCGCUGCCUGGGUCGCGGAGGAAUUGAUCGACAAACUGCAGGUCGAGCUAGACUCCACCAUGGCGGAUGUGUUGCCUACCUUGGCGUAUUUGCAGGCGGACAUGCAGGCAGCCGCGUCCUUCAGCAUGAGGGAGGAGGAUACUUGCAGGGUGUCCAUUCGAAAGGUUUCCGCUCAAAGGCAGUGGCUUCCGAAGGAGGUGAGAUCUGUCCUGGUCAGCAGCAGAACUCACGGUUCAAAGCUAGCCGCUGCUCUACGGGCCCGGCUUUUGGGUGAAGAUGGGGGGGAAAGCUACCGGUGUCUGGAGCUGAAGAUGGCCGGUAAGAGUGCAACCAAGGAGGCAGCCAUCGCCACCAAGAUCCUUCAGAGGUUUUUGCCCAGAGAGCUCGAGAUUAGCUUCUCGGCCCGCUUCGAGCAGUUCGAAGGCUACCGUGCGCGAGGACUCGUGUUGACCAUCGAGAGCCGAAGCCAUUCCGAGCAGGCCGAUCUGUUGGUUUGA